CCCACACAACGCGGGGAGUCGGGGCGCUGCUGGGGGAGGGCCGCGGUGUUCCUCAGCCCGUCUCCGGGCCGGGGUCGUGCCUGGGGCUUCUACUACAGGGCUGGCACCACGUGGCCUUCCUCUGCCCCACACGGCAGGGAGCAGCAAGCAGAGCGACAGACAGGGCGGGAGCAGGGGAUCGGUCAGGGCGCGACCUAUGACUCGCCUGCCAAAAAGUGUUCCUGCUUCAGGUUUGCUUUACAGGAUUAGAAGCUCAAAGACUGAGUGAUAGUGAGCUCAGGUGUGCUAAUGCCUCUUCGGAGCACAGUGCUACAAGUUAGUUUCUCACUGCCUGAGGACAGAUGAAGAGAAAAUGGGAAGAAAAACUGAAGAAGAUUGAAGAACUAGAAUCUCAAUAUAAAAGAAACCCACUUUGCUCAGCUUAUAGGCCAAAGCUGUCCAAACCAUGGCAACCAUCCUCUGUUUGGAAAAUAUUUCCUCGACAAGCUCAAGCUUUUGACUAUGUAAAAACCUGCAAAGAGGAAGUGCAUGUAUUUGCUUUGGAAAAGAACACUGAAGACGGACAAAGGUUUUACCUUGUGACAACAUAUAUUGAGCUUUGGUUCUAUUAUAAAGGUCAGAAAUCAAGUUUGUUUCAUUGUUAUGAAGUAAUUCGUGAGAAAGCUGUUUGCAAACUUUAUUUUGAUUUGGAGUUCUAUAAACCAGGGAAUCCAGGCACUGAUGGCAAAAUGAUGGUUGCACAGUUAAUUGAGCUUUUUUGUAAAAAUCUUGAAGAACAUUAUGGAGUUAAAUGUUCUGCUAAUGAUGUCUUGAACUUAGAUUCCAGCACUGAUGAAAAAUUCAGCCAUCAUUUAAUAUUUUUACUCCAUAAGACAGCAUUUAAGGAUAAUAUACAUGUUGGUAAUUUUGUGAGAACAGUUUUGCAGCCUGCUCUUCGUUUAACUAAGACUAAAGCUGCUGCUCCAAUUCCAGAAGAGGAGAUAGGCCAUGUUUUCGAGUCUUUCAAAGCUACAGCUGAAUUAAAUGGUUCUCCUGUUAAUACUGUAGCAGUAAUGGAUGCUUUUGGAAGUUGGCAGUCUUGCCUGUGCAAAACGCUGGACACUGAGACUUCACAACAGAAGGAAAAAUCAGAAUUUUCCUUUCUGGUAGUAAAUGAUAAAGAUGGAGGCAACCAACUUUUUGUGGAUAUGGGAGUUUAUACAAAGAAUAGAAACUUUCGGCUGUAUAAAUCAUCAAAAUCAGGAAGACGUGUGACUUUGGAAAUAGCAGAGGAUAACAAAUUUGUGCCUAAACUCAAAGAGAAUAUUUCUAUUGAAGAGCAGUAUUUCCUUUCCUCUUUGGUCUGCAACAUUAGGUCUUCAGACACUGAAAAAAUUCUAACUUGUGACAACCCAAAUGAGAAGAGAGGCGCGUCUAUGCACUUAAAUAGUAAUAUUUCUAGGAGCCCUUCAGUUUUAACAGAUCCCAUAGAAGGAUAUGAGUAUUCUCCCUAUCCUGAAGUUGACCGCUUUGUCCUUUCUUUAGUUAAUAAAGAUGGUGUUCAAGGAGGGAUACGACACUGGAAUUAUUUUUCCCUGGAAGAACUUCUUGUUUAUGACAUUUCCAGAUAUCGCUGGUGUGAAAACAUUGGAAGAGCUCACAAAAGCAACAACAUAAUGAUCCUGAUAGAUCUAAAAGGGGAAGUUUGGUAUCAAAAAUGUCAUGACCCUGUUUGUAGAGCGGAAAACUUCAAGUCAAAACGGUCUUCAUUACCACCUGAGAUAUGCCUCCCAUUUCUCUUCAAAGAGGAAGAAGAAUAUGUAUUUAUGGAUGAAAGUGGUAACACAAAAGAAAAAGUGGAACUAUCUUCAAACCCUCCAGACUCCUCAGAGAGCACACCAAGAAUAUUUCAAGACAACAGGACGUCUUUUGGCAAACUGUGCUCAAAUACAGAAUGGGACAAUGCAAGUGAUGAUGCCUGUUUUCUGGAAGCUACUGAAGACAUUGAACUAGCUGAAGCUGCAGAUAAUGGUUUGACCACAUGCAACUAUAACCUGGAAGAAAUACCUGAUGAACUCCUACUGGAGGCUGAGAAAACUGGAAACAUGCUAACCAGUAGCAACAAGCUUGGCUUAUCUACUUAAUGAAUCUAAGACAUCACAGUUGACCACAACUAUGUCCUAAUGCCAUAAAUCCUAUUUAUAGCAACUAGAGAAAUUCCUACUUUUCUGCCUCUAAAAGUAUAUACUUAAACUUGUUAUCAGCUGUACUUUCACAUAAGCAAUUUAGAUAAACAUUCAAGAACCAAGUGCAAGUAUGGCUUAAUAGGAUUAUAGCCUUCUUCCGUUGCUGCUUUUAUAGCUCACUUGGGUUGAGUGGCAGACCAGUCACAUGGAGGUUCUGGGCCUACAUAUCAAGCAGGUAAUUUCAUUCCCUUAACAUACUGUGGCACAGCACAAACUUAUCCUUCCAGUUGUCAAAUACAAAGACCAUAGCUGUGAAAACCAGACUACCAUCUUAUUUCCCAAGAAGUGGGUGUCACUGGACAGAGGAAGCACAGUGGAAUAUCCAUGCAGGCUUAUUCUGUUGUUAUUGUGUUUCCUGUUCCCAGGAUAGGUUUAAGAUGGGGCAUGAAUUUAAAAUAAAACACAAAGUGGCAAGUAUAACAUCUAUAAAA